AUUUUCUUCCUCUCCUCACUUGUCAGCUUCCAUAUGUGUGUGGCUUGUAUUCCUUCAUGCUCUCUCACAACUUCAUAAAACCAACACUCGAGCUAUGAUUAAACCCUUCCUCGAUCUCUCAUCCCCCGCCGAGAUUUUCCUAAACCGGCACCGUAACUUAUAUUUCUUGCUAUGUUGAAUGAUCAAAGGCCGAUGAGCAGCGGUACAGCAGACGGAGCGACCCCAGAAGAUGAACCCUUCAGGGACAUCCAUGCUCUGACCCCGCUCCCACCGCCGCCGGGGCGCCGGAGAGACACUUGGGAGACAAGCAGCCACCGGUCGUCCUCCUUGUCUGUGGCGAGCAGCGAACUCACCCCGAGCGAGAACUUCACCAGCAUGAGCAGGGAGUUCAGCGCCCUGGUGCUAGCUGGAUCUGCUAUUGGAAACAGUGGAAGUAAUAACACCGGCGAGAGCGAUGGCACGAACAUGAGCGGUGUGAACAACUUGGGAAGCAUCGGGGAGGAGGAGACCAAUCCCUUAGCGAUCGUUCCCGACAGUAACCCUCUCCAGGAACCGACCUCACGUGGAAGUACAGUUGUGUCGUCUUCAGCGGGUAUGAGCAGUCACGUCGGGGAGGUGACCUCGGUCCAGAGGGUGAAGAAGGAGGAAGUCGAGUCGAAGAUAGGCGCAUGGCAGAACGCGAAGAUCGCUAAGAUCAACAACCGGUUCAAGAGGGAGGAUGCGGUCAUCAAUGGAUGGGAAAGUGAGCAGGUCCAGAAGGCUUCCUCUUGGAUGAAGAAAGUCGAGAGGAAGCUGGAGGAAAAGAGAGCGCGAGCACUGGAGAAGAUGCAAAAUGACAUUGCAAAAGCCCACCGGAAGGCAGAGGAGCGGAAGGCUUCGUCGGAGGCAAGGAGAGGAACCAAGGUGGCUAGGGUUCUUGAGAUUGCCAACCUCAUGAGAGCCGUCGGGAGAGCCCCGGCCAAAAGGUCCUUCUUCUAAGUUAAAUCGGAGACAUACGUAUAUACAUACAUAUGAUAUACGUCCAAGACAAUUAUAUAUAACUAUUAUUACAACUUGUAUAAACAUUAAUGUAUGUACGUAGAGAAGUAUUUGAUUUUCUUAAUUAGGAGAAAAGGAGAGAAGAAAAUCGAUGGUGGGUAAGCAGGGCAUAUGAAUGUUUUAAGGGCAGAAUAAGAAUGUCCCGGCAAAUCGAGGAUGUCCUUGGUCAUGUGUUUUCGAUUGACGUAGGGGUGUCCUAUUUUUGUGAGGGGCAAUACUCCUCCUACGAAAGGAUCAAUGUUUUUCUAAGCGUGUUGACGAUGUGGGUGUUUAAGAUUGUUCCCGGAGGAGCAUUUGUUUUGGUGGUGAUGGUAAGGAAAAGGUUUUAUUGCAUGUAAAUAGAUUUUGGAAGAAUACUAUGAUCCUACUUAUGAUCAA